UCCUCGCCCGUCAUUGGAAAUGAUCGCGCGGAUGAAGGAAAUUGAUUUUUCUUUACCAACCAGAGAAGAAUCCUCCCAAGAGUUGAUCAUUCGUGCUUUCAAUGCGCUGUCGGAUAGCAGGGAAAAUUUUUCAACUCAUCAAGAGUGUAGUUAUGAAAUAAAAAUUGAGAAACAUAGUGAAGUUUGAAAGUUCCCUAUAUGGUGUUAAACAAUUUGAAGUGAAAAGAAAGACGGUGAUAUAACGUUGUGUCCAGAAAAAUAAUCCUCAACUGAAUAACAGCAACCCAAAGCAACAACUCCAGAAGAGUCUAAGUCACCAUGGAAAAAUCGAGUCGACCGGUUAGAAACCGCAAACGCAGUAGAAAAGCGUGGCCACCGGGAGACACUCAUCGACCGAUCAAACGUCUUUUUACGCCGGAAAUCAAACGGAUGCUGAAGGAUUGGCUCGUGCGGCGUCGUGAGAAUCCCUAUCCGAACCGGGAGGAAAAAAAGCUUCUGGCCUGUGAAACGGGUCUAACCUACACACAAAUCUGCAACUGGUUUGCCAACUGGCGUCGAAAACUGAAGAACUCAGGCAACGAUCCGAUCAAGAAGACGUGGGGAAAUUUGAUCAAGAAUUACAACACCAGUGCCAAGGGUAAUGUGGAACAAUUCAGCAUCUGCUCAAACGACAGCAUUUGGGGUGAAAAUGGUGACGACUCGCAAGGAUCAAGAUCACCACAACAGUGCUUUCCCAAACGACAGUAUGUGGGCUACACCAACAACAUGACAUCCAAUGGCAACAACAACAACAACAACAAUAACUGUAACGGGUUCACAAAUUACAUGAAAUUUGUGGAACGAAGAGGUAGUGAUACCUCCGAUGACGAGAAUGGUCCGCACCGAUCGAGAGAUAUGUACUACGAUCACUGUUACACGCCUAAAAGUUACAAUGCAGUUUUUGGGCUACCCACUCAGACCCGUUGCGACCAGAUGAAUUCCUCCGCCGUCGGGUUCACACCUGAUUUCAACACCAACACUACCUCCAUCCUAACGGCUAGCUUCCCCCAUGCAUACCGAGCUGAUAAUGGAACUUACUACCUAACACCCAGCACAACCGUAUCUCCGGCCCACAACAUGAAAAGUACAAAUAAAUACAAAAACUGUAUCAUGGAAAAGUACCUCCGCGACCUGAACGAAAUAGAACCUGAUGACAUACCUAGUGUCGGUGGGCAACCGGAUUCCUCGAAUCCGUUCCAGCAACUGGCUGGACAAUCUCAACCGACUUCCCAGCCAGCGAACGGUGAAGUCCGAGGGCCACCUUCACUCUCAAAAUGGCUCGAAAGUACGGCUAAGUUUACUCCUUCCAAAAAUAACUACAUCGAUUGGAACCAGCCUGGAAAAUCAUCCACGUCGAAGAAGCGUUGCGAUUUCAGUUACUUCAAUCAACCGGCGCCGGCAUCGCUACAGCAAAACCCGUCUGUGUCCCAACUACCGUCUGAUAUGAUAGGGCAGGAUAUACACCAGAGAGAUGAAAUCGAUGCCGCCGAAGCGUUGACACGGCUAGCAAACAAUUUUCGAUUGAAGUUUUAUACCUGAUGCGAUACAAGAUUUUGACAGCUUGUAUAUUCUAAGCAAUAGCAUUCCGAAGUGUACGCCAAUCAAUAGAUUAUGGUUUAUUUACUGAGUCUUAAAUGUUUGUUUAGUGAACUUUAGAAUUAAAUAAUGAAUUGUGUGACUGAUGCCAUAGAAACUCAACUAGAUUUGUUUACCGUAGGCUUAAUUGUUUGGAACUGAUAGGAUUUAGUUCGAUGUUAUGUUUUACUGUUUGUUAUUGGAAGCUGAAUCGUUUGAAAAGACUUCAAUAAAAUGCUAGUUUGAAACAAG